AUAGCGAGAGCAUUGGUAGGGGAGGCUGGGUGGCCCUGCGGUCGGGAGGACAUCGGGAGGAUGGCUGGGGUGUUUUGGUCUGCUAUGGCCAGUCUUGCCAAACGCAUACAUACAUACACUCACACAUAUACGGUAGUGCCCAUGCAGUGCCCAUAUUCCCGACAGCAGUUUCUUCGUGGCCGAGCUUCACCAGAGAGGCGGGACAAAGGUCCCUGCAAACAAGAGACAGGCCAGGCGUCAGGCAGUCAGUGCGUGUGUCUGAGUGUCUGAGAGGUCGCGGUGAAGGAGUAAACACACACGCCCUGCCUGUCUCUUGGAUAUAAUUACCCUGCUUGGCGUCCUGGAUACAGUGACAGCAGUGAUAGGAAAGCAAGGAAGAGGAGAAGGACUUAAAAUUAAUCCCAUGUAAGUGAAGCAGGUAAGUCCUUCGUCCCGGCAGUGACAGGCUGACAGCGCCACACGCCUUCCCGCUGCCGUGUGCCGCUAUUGCAACCCAAAAGCAAUGCGUGUGAUUAGUAGAACACGGGGAAUAGCACACAAGUUCCAUAAGUGAUGCCUUCAUUCUGGAGUAGAGCGAGAGCAUCUUGAAUUAUCUGCACCACUCGUUAGCACCUCCCUGGCCAGUGUCUCCUCCACACCGCUGAGGGGAGGGAAGGCCAGCAGGACACAAUGACGUCCACAUCCUCAUCAGACCACAUCAACGCCACCAGGAAGCGGCUGGAAGAAGCGCUGGGUCCGGAAAAGAAAGCCAAGUACUUCUACUACAUGAAGCAAUGGUUCAGGAUGCGGAUGACCAAGGAAGAGUUUGACACCAGCGCACGGGACCUUCUUGCCCUCAACUCCGUCCACCUGCACAAUGACUUCCUCCUGGCCAUCUUUGCCAAGUGCCAGCUGUUCUUCACCUCCUCCUCCUCCUCCACCUCUUCCUCCUCUACCUCUACAGUCUCCCGCACUGACUCCCACCAUCGCCAUGAUGACCAGCAAAGGGUUGAUGCCAGCAGUGGAGUGGGAGGCUGGGACCACUCACUCUCCACCAACCUGCACUCCACGCCACCGGUGGACCGCAAGAAGCUCAAAGCAAAGAAGAAAAACAAGUUGUCCAGACCGACCUUUGAUGGCAACUUUGAGGCAGUCAGCGUGCACAGCGCAGCCUCCACUGCCACACUGCAUGAGCCACAGGCCAUCAUGGAUGCUGGGGCCGGCUACAUGUCCCGUUCCAUGUGCCUGUUGGACACUGGGCCACUCAAGGGCCGCCUGCUGCUGGCCGCCUGGGACCACGGCAUCACUCAGGUGGCAGACAAUGUGGCCACCAUGCUGCAGGAGGCUACUCAGCAAUGCCUGAAGAACAUCCUGAUAGCUGUGAUCAGGCGGCGGCGAGGGUACCGCCUCAGGGAAGGCUGCUUUGUCCACUCCCUGGGCACCACACCCCCCAACCCUUGGCUCAGGAACACUGCAUCACUCUCCGACUGGACGUCUGAGAGCCUGGGUCUGCCAGUGAGUGAGGGCGGUGAUGCAGGGGAGCGUCCCGUGUGGCCCACCGUGGACCUGGCAGAACAGAACGCUGCUCAUCUGGCUUCCUGCGCCCCACAGGUGGAGCAUCCCCUUCCUCCCAUCAGCUGCAGAGACCUCUUUGAGACUCUCCAGGUGCACAAGAGUGUAGUGCCGUGCCACUCAGCAUACAUCCUGGGCAUGGAGAGGAUAUCGUCUCGGCUGUGGCACCCUAGCUGGGGGGAGGUGGAGCAAGAGGCCAUGGCAGCACAGGAGGCUUCCCUCAGGGACACUCUCAAGGAACACAGACUGGCUGCCAAUCCUGUCAACUGACCUCAUCCUUGGGCUUAUGUCAGGUUCCUCUUUGUUAAUGAUGCAAGAUCACACUACAGUCAAGAAAGGUGAGGCAGGAAUGACAACACAACACACACCUCACCAAACCUUCGCAAGUGUUGCAGAGAUAAAGAGAAGAGAAAUGUAUUGUAAACUGAUUCCUGCAUGAAUGAUUAGUCAGGCUUUGCACUUCCCACCCAUACAGACUCAAUAGAUGGACUUGUAUUCAAUCAGUAUGGAUGGAGGGUGUCUGUAGAAAUGAUUUGUCUUAGCUACACUCAUUCUACAAAUGUAUCUGGUGUUUGGACAUAGGGAGGCAGUGAAUCUCUUAUCAGCCAUAUUAGGAGGAACUAAUAUCUCAGUACCCAUGCCAUUAAGUGUCUAUCUAGUCCUCCUGUCCUCAGUCAGGGGUUUAGGAGUGCAGCAGCUGAUUUCUUGCCUUCAGUCUUCAUUUAUCUCAUAGGUAUUGUCCUCCUUGCCGAGAUGUGUCUUGCUUGAUCCAAAGUGUGCAGAAAGCCUAAGGGGCUGAUUCUGUAAGUCAGUCAGUCAGUCAGUCUCUCUCUCUCUCUCUCUCUCUCUCUCUCUCUCUCUCUCUCUCUCUCUCUCUCUCUCUCUCUCUCUCUCUCUCUCUCUCUCUCUCUCUCUCUCUCUCUCUCUCUCUCUCUCUCUCUCUGGCCACAGACCCACAGGAUGUCCCCCCCACAGUCACGCAACAAACCCCCUCACCACACAAUAUUGCCUCAUCAUCAUAUCUUGUCACCACACCCCCCUCACCAUACAAUAUUGCAUCAUCAUAUCUUGUCACCACACAGUCAUUCACCACAGCCCCUCACCACACAAUAUUGCCUCAUCAUCAUAUCCUGUCACCACACUCAUUUGCCACACAAUAUUGCCUACCUUUAUCAUAUCCUGUCACCACACAGUCCCUCAACACACAAUAUUGUCUCAUCACAUGCUCUCACCACACAUUACUGCCUCAUCAUCACAUCUUAUCAUCACACCCCCUUACUAAACAAUAUUGCAUCACCACAGUCAUUCACCACAUCCCUUCACUAAACAAUAUUGCAUCAACACUCAUUCACCACACCCCUUCACUAAACAAUAUUGCCUCAUCACCACACAUCUUCCAACAAGUUUACAAAAACCACAUGUGACAAUAAAUAAAAUUAUGAGUAACAAAUUUGUGUUUAGAUGAGAAACCUAGAGAGAGAGAGAGAGAGAGAGAGAGAGAGAGAGAGAGAGAGAGAGAGAGAGAGAGAGAGAGAGAGAGAGAGAGAGCCGUGGUACAGUGGAACCAUGCGUACUUUGGGGUCUGAGGGGUCUCCAAGUGCACGGGUUUGAAUUCUGUCCAGUGUUCACCAGCCACCAGAUCCACCACUACUUAACAAUCCUUCAUGACAGGGAGUUCAACAUUUACAUUUGGACAAAGAUAACAUGGAGGGACCAGAGGAACAAAGGCAAAAAUAAAGCUGGCUGUGUCAAAAACCACAUGUGACAAUAAAUAAAAUUAUAUGAGUAACAAAUUUGUGUUUAGAUGAGAAACCUAUUCAGAGAGAGAGAGAGAGAGAGAGAGAGAGAGAGAGAGAGA